GAAAUUAUCGCUCGCGUUUACACUAACACAAGCCUAGCUUUUAGUGGUGAGCCUGGGUACCAUUUCAAAGUUCAAUGACCGCCACAUGUUGACAAGAAAAACAUCAGUCGCGAAAACCCACAAGGCGAGGGAUGAAUACAGUGGUGUAAAGCACGUUUGACCUGCUCCCCCAGCUUAAGUAUGACUCACAGCCAAAGGCUUAGCGAGCCGAGCAUGGUGUGCCUAUCGUCAAGAUAGCAUGUAGGACUAGCAAGGCAGCAUUUACAAUUCGUUUUUCUCAACAUCUUGACAAGUUCAGCAUCAAAUUGAUCGCCCGUUGACUGUAGGCCCCCUCUAGGAUAAGAUGGGGGCGUGUAUAGGGGUGGACCAGGAGCAGAAGAAGGCAAGGAUGCACAGUGAGGCCAUAGACAAACAACUGAUACAAAUGUCCAAGGAAGAGGAACACAUUGUCAAGAUCUUGUUGUUGGGUGCCGGUGAGAGUGGGAAGAGUACGUUGGUGAAGCAGAUGAAGAUCAUUCAUAGCGACGGCUUCACCAAUCAUGAACUCAUGAGCUUCAAGCCAGCGGUUCUUGAUAAUCUUCUGAGUUCCAUGAAGUACGUUCUUAAUGGCAUGGGACUUCUCCGAAUUCCCCUUGCCAACCCAAGAAACAAGAUCUAUGCUCAGACCAUUCUCCAGUGCUACCGCUGUUUUGACGAGCAGAUCAAGAUGCGCACAUCUAUCGCAAUAGCCCUACUGGCGCUCUGGAAUGACACGGGGAUCAGGUCAUGCGUAGCCAGAGGUCACGAAUAUGAACUCAAUGACUCGGCGUUAUACUACUUUGAGAAUAUGGAGAGGAUAACAUCAGAGUACUACAGACCAAGCACAGUAGAUGUCUUGAGAGCAAGAGUCCGAACGACAGGUGUUAUUGAGACACACUUCAAGAUCAAAGGCGUAAUAUUCAGAAUGUAUGAUGUUGGAGGUCAAAGGUCAGAGAGAAGGAAAUGGAUCCAGUGCUUCGACGAUGUGAAAGCUCUGCUCUACGUGACGGCAUUGAGUGGUUAUGACAUGACACUCUUUGAAGAUCCAGAAGUUAAUCGGCUUAGGGAAAGUCUUCACUUGUUUGAGUCCGUCUGCAACAACUGUUUCUUCAGAAACACCACCAUCAUCCUCUUCCUCAACAAAGUUGACUUGUUCCGACAAAAGAUACUUCACACUGAGAGACAACUAAGGCUGUACUUCCCUGAAUAUCCAGGUCCUGAUUACGAUGUCGAGACAGCCUGUCGCUUCAUCCGCAGACGCUUCCAAGACGCUAACCACAAUGUUAAGAAACACAUCUAUCCCCACUUCACCACGGCAACAGACACCACCAAUGUGGAGGUAGUAUUUCAGAUCGUCAUGGAAACCAUCAUAAGGGAAAACCUCAAAACGGCGGGUAUGUUAUAGCACACUGUUUAAGCCUAUCACCCUAUCGUCUCCCCUACGCGUGUUGAAAUCAACACGUGUUCACCAUAAGCUGAAGCGGGUCCCUUCGAACAUGGGUAGGCAAGGCUUACUGUUCACACUUAAACUGGUGUGUAGAUUUUGGAUUUCUACUCAGGUAGAGCCUCUCAACCCUGGGUUUGACCAAGGUUGAAUUUACCCGUGGACCAGGGUUGAUUUUACCCAUGAACAAGGGUUGAUUUUACCCGUGGACCAGGGUUGAUUUUACCCUUGGACCAGGGUUUGAAUUCUACCCAGGAAGAACCUUUAUCCUUGGACUGGGGUUGAUUUUACCUGUGGACCAGGGUUGAUUUUACCCAUGGACCAGGGUUGGAUUUCUACCCAGGAAGAACCUAUAUCCGUGGACUGGGGUUGAUUUUACCUGUGGACCAGGGUUGAUUUUACCCGUGGUUCAGAGUUGGAUUUCUACCCAGGAAGAGCCUUUGUCCGUGGACUAGGGUUGAUUUUACCCGUGGACCAGGGUUGAUUUUUACCCA